CAGGAGAAAGAAAUGCUUUUUUUUUUCAAUUUGCCUAAAUUGCAUUUAAAAAUAUACCUUUCUUUUGCUUUCGGCACAGGCCAAUUUUUAGAGGCUGAAAUAUUAAAGAGUUGAUUACUUAAAUUUCGUUCUAAAAUCUUUUUCAUAUCACUUGCAAAUAGAGAAAAUAUAGCGCCCCCCCAAAAAAAAAAAACUUUAAUUUUUAAAGGCAUCUCGCACAAAUGAUUACAAUGUUUUUGUUUUAUUUAUCAUUCACUAUGAGAUCUGUAUAAAGUGAUAAACCAAUGAAUUAUUUUUAUAUGUAUAUGUUUCCAAUUAUUUGCCUACCGGUAUUUAUUAAAAAAUAAUGUUUGUGUUGUUAUUUGACAAUUGUUUCACAGAAUUACGUCGUCGGUUGACAUCUACCUAUACCCAUGGAUUAUCUCCAUCACCUUCACAACCUUGAAUUGCUAAGAGAGCUACCUUUGCCAAGACCACGUCGUGGGCUACGGGAUGCUAGAAAUCCAUCGGAAUCGUAUGAGGAUGGGCCAUUUCGAGAUCGGUAUCGACUGUCAAAAGAAACCGUCAUUUACAUCAUCAACAUGCUGGAAGCCGAAUUGAAGAGGGACACACAGAGGAAUGAUCCACUUCCCGUUUAUUUGCAGGUGUUGACGGCUCUCCGUUUUCAUGCAGUGGGAUCAUUUCAAAAGAUGCAUGGUGAUGAGGCAGCAAUAUCACAGUCAUCAAUGUGUCGAAUCAUCAAAGAUGUGUCAGAAGCUAUAGCAAGAAGGAAAAGGCAAUACAUGAAGUUUCCUUCGACAAGAGAAGAAGUUGAAGCAACUCAGCGACAGUUCUUCCAGUACUGCAGAUUUCCAGGAGUGAUAGGUGCAAUUGAUGGGACACAUGUCUACAUCAGGAGCCCUGGUGGGGAUCAGGCAAUAUACUUCCUCAACAGGAAGAAUAGAUACUCGAUCAAUGUUCAGGUUGUUUGUGAUCAGGCUGGGAAAAUAACAAGCAUCGUUGCCAGAUGGCCUGGCAGCACACCUAACUCCGCAACCGUAAGUCACUUUUCAACCAAACUUGGAUGGUAGAUGUACUUAGGCGACCUGCAUAUUAUGCUGCAGUCGGAGGUCACAUGGUAAGGUCAAAGUGUUCAAAGUUUUUGUAGAAAUGUACCAAACCCGACGGUGCUCUCACUCCAUGAUGUGUCACUGCAUCGUAGCAAUCCAGUCGGAUUUGAAAUGGUCUACACAUGUUGAAUAUAUGGUCAAGCGCGCAAAUAGUCGUUUAUAUGUUCUUCGCACUUUGAAAUAUCAUAGUCUGUAAUUUCAGGACCUUAUAGUUGUAUAUACUAGUUUCGUGAGACCAGUUGUUGAAUAUGCUGUACCUGUAUGGUCAGGAGCACUAACAAAACAACAAGUACAAGUCAUCGAACGUAUUCAGAAACGUGCCCUUAGAAUCAUUUUUGGAGCAGCAUAUUCUUCAUAUGAGCAUGCUUUACUCCAGUCAGAACUGAUGUCUCUUGAAGAUAGAUGGAUCAAACUCUUUGUCUUGCGUUUGCGAAGUCUAUGCAAAUCCCCACGUCUAAACUGUAUCACCUUCUACCUCAAAAUAGGACUUGUCAAUAUCAGACUAGAAGCUUGGCCGGAACAGUAGAGAUGCGAUGUUGAACUUCACGAUAUAGAAAUAGCCCCUUGCCCUCGUUGAUUCGGCACCUUAAAGAGAAAUUCCAGUAGUUGCAGUAAACACUGAUUUCAUGAGAAAGUCUGUAAAACAAGGCUUAAUUGUCAUUAAUCAUCGAGGAUCUAGAUCUGGUACAGUUACAUAAACUGAACUUUGUGAAAUCUUGAAAUCUACGCUGAAAAAUGUUCAGGCUGAAGAUCCCCAACACAGAUAAGCGCACGUGGGACAGUGUAUAAUUAUUGCUUCGAAUGUCGGGCCCGACGCUCUACCCGAAUCCUGUGCUUAUUUGCUGAUUUCUCAGCAAUUACACAAUUUCUUCCAGAAUCCUUUGGCACAUAUGUUUUAUUUAUACAAACAGACACUUUGGUGGUCAUUUCAUUGGAUUCUGUACGAACUCAUUUUGAUAUCGUUACCAAAACUAGCAUUUACCUUUAACUCUAAAAGAAUUGAUUACAAGGAGUAGUUUUUUUUGUAUAUAUCUUCCCCUAUCGUUACAUGUAUAAUAAUAUCAAACUACGAAUGGCUGAGAAUUAAAGAACUCAUCAUUCAUUGGACUCUUAAAAUGUGAUAUCAUUAAAAGAUUGUUUUUUAUAAAAUGCAGAUUACAUACUAAUUCUAAUGUUGAGUUCUCUUUAUGUUGGCGAACUCAAGUUUCAUUUCAUUUCAUUUUACUUUGUUAAUCAAAAUAUUUUUCUUUCAUAUGAGCAAUUAUUCACUGAUAUCUAGUCGUAAACUUAAUAUUUGAAUUGAAGUCAUAAAAAUUGCCAAAAUAUGUAUUAUUGCAGCAUAUUA